GCGGCGGUGCGGGCGGCGGCCGCAGUUGUCACCGGUAGCGGUCGGGGUGGUUGGAAGGUUUGGCUCUGUCCCCGGGACCGUCACUGUACAGAGCCCUUCCCUUGGUCCGACCCCUCCGCCAUGACCACCACGGCCACGUUCUCGGGCAUGGACCCCAAUGGCAGGAACAGCUCCAGAGUGCUGCGUCCUCCCGGCGGUGGCUCCAACUUCUCCCUGGGCUUUGAUGAGCCCAAAGAACAGCCUGUGAGGAGGAACAAAAUGGCAUCCAGCAUCUUUGGAACUCCUGAGGAGAACCCACCUUCCUGGGCUAAAGCAGCAGGGGCUAAGCCAGGUGAAACCAGAGACAGCUGUGAAUCCUCUGGACCACAAAGAACAAACUCAACUGAGGCAAACUGUGGAGACUUCUUAGAUCCCAAGGGAGGAGAUGUUGGUGGUGACAUUUUUGGGGAGAGGCAGCCUGAGGUUGUCCCUGGAACCCAUCAAAUCAACAAAGUGACCAGCUGCUUCACUGGAGUGUGGCCAUGGAGGGAGAUGAUGGAGUGCUGUUGCUCAUCAGGCUAAAAAGGAGAACUGUCCUGUUAGUUUAUUUUGCUAACAGCUGUUGGUGUCAAGAUUUGUCUAAGUACUGGAAGGUAAGGUGGAGACUCCUGCAAAGAGUUCAGUGAUUGAAAGGCCACACUGCUGUUAGAGUUGCUUAUAAUUAAACAGGACAGUCAACAUAAUUGAUUUUAGUUUAGCAGUUUCCUUCUUUCCCAUUGUCUUCUGAUACAGCAAACUCCACAUUCACAGGAAGAAUCAAACCCAGCUACUGCUUCUGCAAAUAUCUGUGUUAACCAGCUCUUGACUUCCUGUUGCUUUUUAAAUGCUGAUUUUUGCCAAGGAAGUGGAUCUGCAUACUGCAAAUCUCCUGUAAACAGGCAUUUCCCCUUGAAGUGCUUUUUCUAGCACUGAGGCUGGAAAUGCCUCCUUUGCAAGAUUCACUUUAGGAAUAUCUGGCUUCCUGAUGACAGGAAUUUGUGGGUUGACUGCUGCUUUCCAAGUGCUACUUUCAACACCUUGGAGUGGUGGGACAUCCCUGAGGCCAUUAGCACCUCCAUGGCCUGAAAAGACACUUGCUGGGAGGGGGGAGAGCUUUUCCAGAACAUUUCCACUACCUCUGAGUGGUGCCUGUGCCUAAAAUAAGUGUAGCUUCUCUAGCAGGCUGCUUCUAAUCCAACUGUAGAGGCUCUAGGAUUUCUUUCCCAUGUCUGUCUGAUCUUAAUUAGCACUGUAGGCAUGUGGUGUUUAUGCCUUGAGUAGGAGGAUGUGGUUUGCUAAUAGAAGAAAACUGCUCUAAGGGCUCUGCUGCUUUUCCUGGUGCUUGUUUAAACCAGCUCCCCACAGGGCAGAGGAGAUCCCACAAACAGCAGGGAGGUGAGAAGGGCUGAGAUGCCAGGAGGCAGAAAUAGGGCUGCCUGGGAUCAGGACAGCUGGCUGAAAUUCGGAGUGCAAAGUGGUAUUCCUGACUUUCUAAAAAAGUUCACAUUUUCACGGGUGUAUUUGUCUUUUGGUUUGUUUCUGGCAAGUGACAGUGAAGGAAGUUCUUAUCAAGGGUCAGGUGAAGCUAUGCUGGGAGGUGGUUAAAAAACAAGUGUUUCAUGGGAGGUAGUUGGGAUUGAUUGUUGUUGUGGCCAUGACUGAAACUUAAAUUGUUUAUGGUGGCCAAGAUGAAAUAAAAAUGGCAAGCAAAGGUUUGAAUGUUAAGCUUUCACUGAUGGUACUUAGGAAGGAGUAGAAAUUAAUGCCUCCUGGAAAUGGUGUCUGUGGCAGAUACCUGAACAUCCUGAUGGAUUGUUAAAUGAAUUCCUACCAUUGAUUGCUUUGGGUGUUGUAGCUCAGUGGAGCCCAGUCUCUCUGAUCUGACUGUCCCUCCUCCCCUCGAUUUUCCUGCUGUGGGGUGGCAGACCUAGGCUGCUAACAUCCCACUGGCACACCUGGGACUUUGUACUGGCCUUGUAGGGCUGUUUCUGGGGUUAGGGUGGGAACAGUGAACACACCUCCAAGCAAAUGCUGUCUGCUGACAAGUUCACAGCACAACCAGAUCCUUAAUAGGUUUAUGUCAUUAAAAAAUGUUUCAUCUUUUGAAUGUGGAAUUUUUUUUCUGUAUGUAACUGAUUAUAAAACCCCAAGCAUGUAUCAGGUGGGAGGUGUAUAUUUAUUAAUCAAGCCUGUCUAGGGUAAGAAAACCACUUAUUUUGCAGCAGGGCUCUUGUUUCCUCUUUUGGAGCUGUAGUUCCUUUCUGGGCAUCAGAGUUCCCAGUGGCUUGCAGUGCACUCAGCAGGGAGCUGUUUAAGGAAUUAGACCCUUUCUGAGAAGGGAGGAGCUUUAAUAUUUUAUCUGAUCCUGUUGGUUUUACCACUUCACUCAUCAGGUUGGCAAACUGAGCUUGAUUAUGUGGGAAAUGCUAACGUUUAUCAGCUACACAAGGAGCUAUAGAAACUUCCCCCAAAGCCUCCUGUGCUGGUAAUUCUUGUUUCUUUUGUGAUUCAGGGGCAGUGUGAGCUGAAUGAAUGUGAGCAGCUAAGGAGAAUCAGGCAGUGCCUGACUGUACAUGACCCACAGGAAGGUGGAGCUUGGAUCCUGCACAGUGCUGGGACUGUCCCCAGGCAGGGACAUUCAGCCCUUGCUGACUCAGCAGACUGGGACAGCGCAGCUAGGGGAGCUUCAGGCUUAAAAUGUGGUAUUAACCCAGCACAGCUGAAACAAACAGUUAAUGAACACAGCAGAGGAUCUCUAGUGGAGAUUAUUCCUGAUUGCAUGGGGACUGUGCUCAGAUGCAGGUGUUCUUUGAGAUUAAAAGCAUGGAUAUAGGGAAGAUUCAGUGGGCACAAGUUGGGUUUUGGUGUUUCUGAUAACAUUUUUCAUUGAAAAAAAUAAACUGAGUUGACAGAGCGUGUGAGGAAAGCUGCUGCUGGGGGUAGGAAGAAAGGAGGCAAAGGAUAGGACUUAGUAAUUACUUUUCAGAUUGGAAAAAUGAGCUAUGGGACAUGAUGCUGGAGGUGGUUUAAUUCAGUGCUUUUGUCUGUGACCUGGAAAAGGUAAUGAGCAGUGAAGUCUCCAGUUUUGUUGGUGAUACUACCUUUUUCAAGUAGUCAAAUAUUGCUGAUGGUGGGAAAAUCUCACUGCCAGAAGGACUCAGCUAAAUGAGUCAGGCAGGUAUAAAGGCAGGAUAAUCCCUGUGUAAGCAAGUGUAAAGUAAUGAGUCUGGGGUGGGGGGGGACCCCCCAAAAACUAAACCAGGGCAGCCUUGUGUUCAGCUCUGUGCUGUGGUGCUCCCAGGAUCUGCUGUGAGUCCUUCCCCUAGAAAGUCUUUGAGGUGUAUGGAGGUGCCAGUAAAAUACUGAAUGUCAUCAGGGAGAGGAUGGAAAAUUAUAUACUUUUUCCUGUAAACAAUGGUAAUACCCCCAUAUCUUGAAUUGUGUACAGUCUUUGACCCAUGAAGAGCAGGGGGUUGUAGUGGAGGUCACAGGGAAAGUGAAGGGGAAGAUGAAGGGGUGCAGUGGCUGCUCUGUGGGGUGAGACUGGAAUGGUUGUGCCUGUUCAGUUUGAAGAGAAGGCUGGGACAGGAAAAUUGAUCAAGAUUGAUCAAGAUAAAUCAUGAAGCUUAAGCUGAAUGUGCAGCAGUUCUUUGAAUCCUCCCAACCCAGAAUUAGUGAUCAUGAGAGGAAACAAAGGGGUCUGUUGAAAACAGGUGAGGUUCAUCUUCGUCCCCAGUAUCAGGGGCUGCUUGGUGCUGAUUUGGGCCUUUGGCUCAGAACUGGUCAUGCUAAUCUGUAAAAAUGUGAGAUGCUGUACUCAGUUGUCAACAAUGCUGGUACAUUAGUUGUUUGCUCCAGUAUCUAAGGUGCUUCCUGUCAAGAAUUCCUUCUGUGCCCUGUCUUUACUUGUGGUUUGCUCAGAAGGAUUUAAAAUAAACUAUCAUGUGCUCUCCAGGGAGUGUACAAUCAGAACCUCCCCCAUGCAUGGCUGUUCCCUGAUGUGUCCUGUGUGAAGCUUCAGAAGUGUGUUGGAUCCUUCUCCCUCUAGUUAGAAAAUUGGGCAUGCAGUUUGAGCUCUUGCUGGUGCUGCUGUGGCUGCCAGCACCUGCUCAGACCUGAGUGACAAUGCCACGGUCACAACACUGACUGAUUAUGUGUAGAAGACUUAAGCCCUAAGCUGCUUGUCAUUAAAAAAAAAUGGAUUGCUGGUGUCCCCUAAUAGCAGCUGGCUGAAUGUGGCUCUUGCUGAAGGCCUGAGACUGAGCUGUAAGGCCUCAGAUUUGAUCUGAGAAGCGCUUCUGAGGGCUGAGUCUGCCCUGCCAGUGGGUGACAGCAUUGGAGUGUCUGUACCCCUGGACAAAACUGACAGGAGCUGAGCUUCCAUCUGAGCCAGCCAAACAUCUGGCUCUCAUCAUCCACAUCAAACUCUUUAAAAGCUUCUUUUCUUCUAGAAAACACUGAGGCUGAUGUAGAAGCUGCCCCAGGUCAGAGUGAAGAAAA